AUGGUACACCCGUGCGGAUCCGGGGCGUUUGGCUUCUUUGAGUGCACCAAAGAUGUUGCCGACUUAACCAAAGCAGAUUUCCUAUCUUCAGUCGGCGAGAAGACACCAGUCUUUGUUCGCUUCUCCACUGUCACUUUGGGACAUGAAGCCCGUAACCCCCGCGGCUUUGCUAUCAAGUUCUACACCAUGGAAGGUAACUACGACAUUGUUGGCUUGAACUUCCCUGUGUUCUUCUGUAGAGACCCUAUCCAGGGCCCGGAUGUCAUCCGCUCGCAGUCACGUAACCCGCAGAACUUUUUCUUUGACUGGGACGCGCUGUUUGACUUACUCGCCAACACACCUGAGGCCAACCAUGCAGGGCUCAUGUUCUUUAGUGAUCACGGCACACCGGUCGGUUGGCGUUUCAAUCACGGCUACGGCUGUCACGCCUUCAAGUGGGUGAACAAGGAUGGAAAGUUUGUGUACAUCAAGUACCACUUUCUCGCCAAGCAUGGUCAAAAGCAGUUUACUGACCCUGAGGCUGUUCGAAUGUGUGGAGAGGAUCCAGACUACUCGAAGAGAGAUCUUUGGGAAGCUAUUGAGAAAGGCGAAGAGAUUGAAUGGACUGCACAUGUGCAGGUCAUGCAGCCUCAGGACGCUGACCCCGACGAGCUUGGCUUCGAUCCAUUUGACGUUACCAAAGUGUGGCCAAGGGAUAAGUUCCCCAUGCAGGAAUUUGGUCGCUUGGUUCUCAACAAGAACCCCGAGAACUUUCAUCGCGAUGUUGAGCAGGCAGCCUUCUCACCCGGCAGCAUGGUACCAGGCAUUGAAGACUCCCCCGAUCCGUUACUGCAGUUCCGCAUGUUCUUCUACCGCGACGCUCAGUACCACCGGAUCGGGGUCAAUUUACAUCAGAUCCCUGUCAACUGCCCAUUCAUGGCUAAAUCAUAUGCCUCCCUCAACUUUGACGGGCAGAUGCGGACGGAUGCCAACCACGCUGGCAAUAAGCAAUACGUACCCAACAGCUUCGCACACAAGUUCCGACCGGAUGUUGCUGAAACGCCCUACGUCGUGAAUGACAACACUGUUAGCCGGAAAAGCCAUUAUUGGCAUGAGGGGAAGAAGAACGACUACGACCAGGCGACCCAACUUUGGGCCAAGACAAUGUCCGAUCAACAGCGAAAGAACACAGCAUCGAACACGGCUAAGUACUUGAAGUUCGUCAAGCACUCCGAGGUCCAGGUAUACAACAUCUCACCAGACUAUGCUCAAAAUGUCUACGACAUGUUGCCGGAGCCGGCAUUCGCGUUCGACAAGGUGAAAGAACGUGCUGUAGAUGCCCAUCUGUGGUAUAAGGAGAAGAAGUUCAGACCGACUAAGGGGUCGAAAUUGGUGGGAAUGCCGCCUUCUUUUCCAGUGUAUGGCGUCUAG